UUUGAUUCCGCCGUAGCGGUGGCGGCUGUAGGGUGCAGCGUCUGGGGAGUGGCUCUCCCCUCCCCCUCCCUCGGUUCGGUGGCGGCGGCUCCUCCCACCGGGGGGUGGCGCGACAGCAGUGGCAUCUACGGCCAUGGCGGCGACUGCUGCUAACCCCGAAAUGACAUCAGAUGUACCAUCACUGGGUCCAGCCAUUGCCUCAGGAAACCCUGGGCCUGGGAUUCAAGGUGGAGGAGCCAUUGUCCACAGGGCUAUUAAGCGGCGACCAGGGUUGGAUUUUGAUGAUGAUGGAGAAGGGAACAGUAAAUUUUUGAGGUGUGAUGAUGAUCAGAUGUCUAAUGAUAAGGAGCGGUUUGCCAGGUCGGAUGAUGAGCAGAGCUCUGCGGAUAAAGAGAGACUUGCCAGGGAAAAUCACAGUGAAAUUGAACGGCGGCGACGGAACAAGAUGACAGCCUACAUCACAGAACUGUCAGACAUGGUGCCCACCUGUAGUGCCCUGGCUCGAAAACCAGACAAGCUAACCAUCUUACGUAUGGCAGUCUCUCACAUGAAGUCCUUGAGAGGAACUGGGAAUACAUCCACUGAUGGCACCUACAAGCCUUCGUUCCUCACUGAUCAGGAACUCAAACAUUUGAUCUUGGAGGCAGCUGAUGGCUUUCUGUUUAUUGUCUCAUGUGAGACAGGCCGGGUGGUUUAUGUCUCUGACUCAGUGACCCCAGUUUUGAAUCAGCCACAGUCUGAAUGGUUUGGUAGCACACUCUAUGAUCAGGUGCAUCCAGAUGAUGUGGACAAACUUCGUGAGCAGCUUUCCACCUCAGAAAAUGCCCUGACAGGGCGUAUCCUUGAUCUGAAGACUGGAACAGUGAAAAAAGAAGGUCAGCAGUCUUCCAUGAGGAUGUGUAUGGGCUCAAGGAGAUCAUUUAUUUGCCGUAUGAGGUGUGGUAAUAGUUCGGUGGACCCAGUCUCCAUGAGUAGAUUGAGCUUUGUGAGGAACAGAUGCCGGAAUGGACUUGGCACUGUGAAGGAUGGGGAACCUCACUUUGUGGUGGUCCACUGCACAGGCUACAUCAAGGCCUGGCCCCCAGCAGGUGUCUCCCUUCCAGAUGAUGAUCCAGAGGCUGGCCAGGGGAGCAAAUUUUGCCUAGUGGCCAUUGGCAGACUGCAGGUAACUAGUUCUCCCAACUGUACAGACAUGAGUAAUGUUUGUCAACCAACAGAGUUCAUCUCUCGGCACAACAUUGAGGGAAUCUUCACUUUUGUGGAUCACCGCUGUGUGGCUACUGUUGGCUACCAACCACAGGAACUCUUAGGAAAGAAUAUUGUAGAAUUCUGUCAUCCUGAAGACCAGCAGCUUCUAAGAGAUAGCUUCCAACAGGUGGUGAAGUUAAAAGGCCAGGUGCUGUCUGUCAUGUUCCGGUUCCGGUCUAAGAACCGAGAAUGGCUCUGGAUGAGAACCAGCUCCUUUACUUUCCAGAACCCUUACUCAGAUGAAAUUGAGUACAUCAUCUGUACCAACACCAAUGUGAAGAACUCCAGCCAGGAACCAAGGCCUACACUGUCCAACACAAUCCAGAGACCACAGCUAGGUCCCACAGCUAAUUUGCCCCUGGAGAUGGGCUCAGGGCAGUUGGCAUCCAGGCAACAGCAACAGCAAACAGAACUGGAUGUGGUAUCAGCAAGAGAUGGACUGGCUGGCUACAAUCAUUCCCAGCCUGUGACAACCGCAGGGCCAGAACAUAGCAAGCCCCUCGAGAAGACAGAUGGUUUAUUUGCCCAGGAUAGAGAUCCAAGAUUUUCAGAAAUCUACUCCAACAUCAAUGCGGAUCAGAGUAAAGGCAUCUCCUCCAGCACUGUCCCUGCCACCCAACAGCUAUUCUCACAGGGCAACACAUUCCCUCCUACCCCCCGGCCGGCAGAGAAUUUCAGAAAUAGUGGUCUGGCCCCUCCUGUAACCAUUGUCCAGCCAUCAGCUUCUGCAGGGCAGAUGUUGGCCCAGAUUUCCCGCCACUCCAAUCCCCCCCAGGGAGCAGCCCCAACUUGGACCCCUAGCACCCGUCCAGGCUUCUCUGCCCAGCAGGUGGCUACUCAGGCUACAGCCAAGACUCGUUCUUCCCAGUUUGGUGUGGGCAACUUUCAGACUCCGUCCUCCUUCAGCCCCAUGUCCCUUCCUGGUGCUUCUACUGCAUCACCUGGUGCUGCUGCCUACCCUAAUCUCACCAAUCGUGGAUCCAACUUUGCUCCUGAGACUGGACAGACUACAGGACAAUUCCAGACACGGACAGCAGAGGGUGUAGGUGUCUGGCCACAGUGGCAGGGCCAGCAGCCUCAUCAUCGGUCGAGUUCUAAUGAACAACAUGUUCAACAGCCAUCAGCACAGCAACCUGGCCAGCCUGAGGUCUUCCAGGAGAUGCUGUCCAUGCUGGGAGACCAGAGCAACAGCUACAACAACGAAGAAUUCCCUGACCUAACUAUGUUUCCCUCCUUUUCAGAAUAGAACUAUUGGGGUGAGGAUAAGGGGUGGGGGAGAAAAAUCACUGUUUGUUUUUAAAAAGCAAAUCUUUUCUGUAAAGAGAAUAAAAGUCCCUCUCCCUUCCCUUCCCUCACCCCUAAUGUGUACCCCCUUCCCCUUUGGGCCUUUCCUUGCCCUUCUGCUUCUGAGAUAACAUUUGUAGAAGAAAUGGGGCAAAUCCUGAAGGCUUUGGGGAUCCUUUGAAAACUGAGGCUGGGUGAAGUUAAGAAUGCCUUUCCUUAUGUCUCCUGACCAGAGAUUUGUGCAGAAAUGAUUGUGCUAGGGUCAAGAGGCAGGUUGGAGAACCUGGCAUCCACUAUUUGCCUUGGAUACUGUGGCUUGUUUUGGAAAGAAAUUCUGAAUAAGGUGGGGGAAAGGAGAAAUGUCUUCAUAUUUGAGGAUCACGAAACAUGGUAGGUAUAUGUAGGGCUUCAGGAAGUGAGUGUAGGCUCUUUCUGCUGCCUGGUGAGUGAGGAAGUGAGAGAGGAAGAGGGAGAAAGAGAGAGUGUGUGUGUGCACACCCAUAUAUGUGCACACGUGUGUUUCUAUGUUUGUUUUUUUUCUCCCUAUUAGGGAGUUAUGCAAAAUUUGUCCCAGAUUUUAUCUUUGUUUUUCUGUGUAUUCUUCAAAGAGUCCUAAGGAGUUAAAUCUUCUAGGUAUUUUCCACUUAGUAUUGCAGCCAAAGAGUAUUUAAAUAAAUGUCUUUGCUGCACUUACAUCAGUGCCCAGCCAGUAUGCAACUGUAAGCACAUAUAUAAAGUCUUCUGUUGAUAUGGUUGGUCUCUCUCUCAUCGAACAUAUUUAGUGGUAAAGCUGGGUCGUUCCUGCUUUUGGUGCUCUCACCUUAUAUGGAAGAUCUGUAAACAUUAUAGGUGUUUAGGGUGGGAAGAUAAACCCCUUUCAAAAGCCCCAUACUUGGCCGUACUUGCUGCAUUUUUCUGUCAGAAUCACAUAUGAUGUGUGUUCUGUAGAGGUUAUUUCUGCAUGGAAACUCAACUUCUUGGAUUAGCAGUCCCAGUGAAAUCUUCACUGCUGGAGUUCAAACCAAAUACCAAGCCUUUUUGCAAAGUAGCCUCUUUCAUACCAUGCUCAAUUCAGUCUGGCUAGAAACUGAGACUUAGGUCUUUUCUGGACCUAUAGUUCUUCCUUUUACUCCCUCCAGUCUUAAGAUUGGAUUUUGCUUUCUGAUGCAAGAGUAUAAAUCCAUGUGAUAGAUGGGGCCUGGACUCCCAUUGUGACAGGGUCACUGAGUUAACUAUAGCCAUAUAAAAUGCAGAUAGCGGUUACUCCUCUCACUCUCUACCUUCCUCAGGUAACAGUCGUAUGUAUCAGCCUUUUUUUUUUUUUUUUUUUUGAUUGGCUCAGGCCAGUAUCUUAAGUGCAAGACUGAAUUAAAUAAGGAGAAGACGUAUUAAACAUAGCCAUAGGAGACCGAGGAGCACAGUGGCCUUAGAGAGGCUGAGAGAGCAUCAUUACUGGGUUUCUCUCCCUUUUGUCUCCAAAACAGGUAGUUUUGGUGUUGAAAACCUCUGGUGCCAGGUAGUGGAGUUGAAAAGGAGACAGUUUAUUUUUUUAUUCUAUGUGCACACAUACCGUAUACAUAUAUAUUUAUAUCACAAUUUGAGAACCAAAAAGUUGAGUUUCCAAUGGAAUCCUUGUUUUUUAAUAAUUGACUGUUUUUAAAUGUGAUCAGGACUAUAAUAUUGUACAGUUAUUAUAGGGCUUUUGGGGAAGGAGAGGGGAGGGCGAAGAUGCUCUGGGGGUUUUGUUUCUGCUUUUCCUUCAGGGUUUUAUUUUUGAUUGUUUUGUUUUUUUUCUUGUUGGCCGUUUCUGUACUGCUGGCAUCUGUGCUGAGCUUUACAGUGGCAAAAAUAAUGACAUGUAGCAAAGAUUUUAAAAUAUUUUCCUUUUGUAAA